ACUGCCUUUGCUUGUUCCCCUUCCCCUUUCCUUUAAGAGAGUCCCUUACAAUCCUUGUUUUCUAAUUGUGUGUUCAAUAAGCGCUCUCCCUUCAUUCUUCAGCAAAUUGAAAGGACAAAUACCUUCGAACGCUCAAGAUCGUAUAUAUUAUCCAUUAUAUACAAAAUCUGUCUGCUAGCCGUAAGGAUCGUCGUCCAAUCUUUCUACUACGCACCGACCGACUCUCACCCUCAUCUUCUUUUUGACAGCCUUUUCAUUCUUUUCAUCUUCCACUUAUAAUCGAUGCCUGGUGCAGUCACCUAUUCAAGCGCAGUGGGUGGAGGCUAUCCGGGCGAUCCUAAUCAGUAUCAUCCCCCGAACUAUGGUGGUGGUCCACCCAACCCCGGCAUGUCUCGUCGCCCCACACUAGGUCGAGCACCUAGUAGACGAAUAGUACCUGGACACAACAGUAUUGCCCGCGCAGGUUCUAACCUGCAGCGUGGACGUACUUUGAUUCGACCAGACAGAUACCAAGAACCAGCACCGCUUUUGACCGGCAAACAAGAAUCGUCCAGUGCAUUUGAUCCUUGGGUCAUCAUCUCGCGCAUCUUCACAUUUUGGGCAUUCUCUCCCAUGCUGAAAGCGAUAGGUAAAACCGAUAAAGGCAUGCAACAAGCAUGGCGAGAAAAGGUCACCCUGUGUAUGAUCAUCGCUAUGAUGGGCGGUUUGGUCGCCUUUCUGACCGUCGGACUCAGCGUCGUGUUAUGUCCGCCUGACCAAUCCAAUAACCAGGAACAUUAUGCCCACUAUAAUGAUACCGUUACUGCUGGUGGUUUGGUCGGUAUUGAAGGUUGGCAGUUCAACGUUAGUCAGUCGAAACCUACAGCGACUGCCAAUUUCUACGCCUUGGCAGCUGUACCUGGAACCGAUAUCACCUAUUUGUUUGCUAAUCAUGGCAAUAACAUUGGCGCUUGUACCAACCCUGGUAAUGCCAAUACUGCUAAAUUUACCGCUGUUACGUUCGAUCCUUGCAGUGCGAAUACAUGUGUCCUGGAUGCUAUCUCUGCUGCUACCUUUGCAAAGUACGGUUUGACGAAUACCACUCGUCAAGUUGGAUUUGAUUGGACCCAGUUAGGCGCCGCCAACCUCACCAACUACUUUGUCAUUGACGGAAACGUUUUAAAUAUGGACCCUUACAUGAAAGCGCACCCGCAGCCCAUUGCCAACGAUCCUUUGGAUGAUGUGAUUCGCUCUAUUUUGAAUACAACAUUUGGCGAAGGCGGAAAGGACGCAACCAAGCUCUUUUUCCGUAACGAUGAGUUAAAAGCUGCAACCGACUGUCUAGUCCAGAAAUACUAUGCCGGUCAUAUCGACAAGUCAACCCCCGGUUGUUUUGCUGCAUCCCUUAUCCUUUACUUCUCACUAUUGAUCAUUCUCAGUCUCGUUCUUUCUCGAUUUUUCAUGGCUAUGAUCUUUGCCUGGUUUUAUUCUCGCAAGUUGUCAAAAACACCUCCACCUCUCAAGUCUUCUGCCAGCUCCGUCAACCUUCUUCCUAAGAAUACCAUGGAGAUGGGAAAUGCUAGUAACUGGACCAAUCGACAGGACCCGGAUGUUCUUACUAAACCCGUCGAGAUCGGAAACGACUUGUUCACUGUUUUGCUGAUUACUUGUUACUCCGAAGGUCUCGAAUCCAUUAAGGGAACUAUCGAAUCAUUGGCUACCACUGAUUAUCCCGAUGACCGAAAACUCCUCUUCGUCAUUGCCGAUGGUAUUAUUACUGGAAGUGGUGAAACCGUUUCGACUCCCGAUAUUUGUUUAUCCUUGAUGCACCUUGACAAUCCAGCCGACCGUGAAGCUUUGCCCAUGCCCUAUGUAGCGGUUGCUGCCGGUGCCAAGCAAUUCAAUUGUGCCAAAGUGUAUGCUGGUCAUUACAUGACGAAAAAGCACAAAGUGCCCAUGAUGCUGAUCGUCAAGUGUGGAAAUCCGGAUGAACAAGGCAAACCUAAGCCCGGUAACCGCGGUAAACGUGAUUCCCAGCUCAUCUUGAUGAACUUCUUCAGUCGUGUUACCUACAACGACCGUAUGACUCCACUGGACUAUGACAUUUUCCGAAAGAUACAACGAUUGAUGCAUGUGACACCCGAUUACUUUGAAUUAUGUCUUAUGGUGGAUGCCGAUACCAAAGUUUAUAAAUCUUCAAUGCGCCUUCUCAUCAACUGUAUGAUCAACGAUAACCUUAUUAUGGGACUUUGUGGUGAAACGAAAAUCGCAAACAAGAGGGAUUCAUGGGUGACAGCCAUUCAAGUCUACGAAUAUUACAUUUCCCAUCAUUUGGCUAAGGGCUUCGAGUCUAUCUUUGGUGGUGUUACCUGUUUACCUGGAUGUUUCUGUAUGUAUCGACUUAAGGCACGAAAAGGAGACGGUGAUUGGGUUCCCAUCAUCACCAAACCUGAAAUUGUUCAAGAAUAUUCGCAAAACACCGUUGAAACCCUUCAUCAAAAGAAUCUUUUGCUUCUUGGUGAAGAUCGUUUCCUGACCACUCUCAUGCUUCGAAACUUCCCUCAUCGCAAGAUGGUGUUCACUCCCCAAGCUGUCUGUAAAACUGUCGUCCCUGAUGAAUUCAAGGUGCUGCUUUCCCAGCGACGUCGUUGGAUUAACUCAACUAUCCAUAACCUUUUUGAAUUGGUCCUGGUUCGAAAUCUUUGCGGUACCUUCUGUUUCUCUAUGCAGUUUGUCGUUAUGAUGGAUCUUAUCGGUACUUUGGUUCUUCCUGUCGCCAUUAUCCUUACUGUGGUCUUGAUUAUUUCCAUGGCCAGAACUCACAUCACCAGUUUUGUGCUCGCCGUCCCACUUAUAUUGCUCAUCAUCGUCCUGUUUUCACCUGCUCUUUUGAUUCUUAUCACUACUAAGAAGUGGAUCUAUGUCGCAUGGAUGGGUGUGUAUCUCUGUGCUCUUCCCAUUUGGAACUUUGUGUUGCCGGUGUAUUCCUUCUGGCAUUUUGACGAUUUCUCAUGGGGUGAGACAAGAAAAGUUACUGGCGAAGGAAAAGGCGACGACCACGGAAAGACGGAUGGUGUAUUUGAUCCUUCCAAGGUCCCCAUGAAGCGUUGGGAGGAACACGAACGUGCUCGAAUUCGGGCAAACAAGCGUCAGGAAAGAAAGCGCCGUAAUCAACAGAACCAACCCCCUCUUCCUUCCGGCUUUUCUCAUAACGUAAUGCCUGGCGAGGACGAAUCGCGUGCACGACUUUUGGAUAAUGCCUCAGAACUGUCUAUGGACACAGCAGAUAAUCUUGGUUCACCCGUCAAUUACUUUGAUCCAUCCAAGGAGGGAUCUGGUAAAGCUGGUGGUUAUUACCCAAGCUACCGACCCACCGCUAAUCCGAACCUGCCUGUGCCAGCGGCAGCUGGACCAUGGGGUCCUAGUAGCUACUCGAGCCCAAUGUCCAGUCCGCGAUCACCACAAUCCAUGGGCCGACCCAUGCCACCACCUCCUUCACCUGGUGCCCCACCAAUGCAACACCAGCGUCCACUUCAACUUCAACAAGGCUUUGUACCACAGGGCUCCCCACAGAUGAGACCUCCCGGCGGAUACAGACCUCCACCACCUCGUAAUGGCUCUAACCGUCCACUCUAGACGAUACCACUCUUUUAUUUACCAUUUAUCAUUCUCCUCUCCCAACAACCCCUCAACCAUUGCAAGUCAUUAUUCUUUUUUGAAAAACAAGAUCAAAACCAUCUCUUUCUCUCAGCAUUUCAUAAACUUGUACAUCUGACCCCCUUGUUCUUUUUUAUUCCUU